GAUCGCUUCGAUCGAUAUCAAUAAUCACAUUAAUACCUAAUUAUACAACGAUCCAUCCUAAUUAAUUGAAUCAUGUCUGAUUUAUUCUUUGGGUUGUUAGAACCACCUGGGUCAACCGAUGCUCGUCUUAAUGAUAAGCCUCAUCAUAAUGAUCCCGUCGCCCUCGAAUAUUUAUCCACCCUAGCUUCUAUGCCCCUUUCUCAACUAGACGGUUCUGAACAGCAAUCCUUAGCCCAGUCCUCUCAUUCAUCACUCCUAUCUUUACAGGCACUUUGCAAGCGCUCCCACAAAUCCAUCAUCGCCUCUGCGGCAAACCAUUCUCACCUUCGCUCAGCACUUCCCGCUCUAGCAGCCUCGACCAAUGACCUCGCUAGUGCCAUACCCAAACUAGACAACGAGGCCGUUCAUUUUUCUACUACUUAUAACAAAUCCGGAGAUAAUGAAAUUUUAAGUGCACGGAAGCGGGCUCUUCUGUUAUCGAAAAAUGUCGAACGCCUGGUCGACGUACUCGAUCUGCCUACCUUACUGUCCACUGCAGUUUCUGCUAGCUCUUCAGCUCCUGCUGCCAACUAUGCUUCCGCAUUGGAUCUGAAUGGUCACAUCCGUCGGUUACACGGACUGUACGCAGACUCCCCUUUAGUAACGUCCGUGUCCGCGCAGGCCGACGAGGCAAUGCAGGCCAUGGCUAAAAAUUUAAUCGUGGGCUUACGCACACCCGGGCUCAAACUAGCAUCUGCCUUGAGAACAACUAGUUGGCUUCGAAGGGUAAUACCAAAUCUAGACUCUGCCGAUACUGCCAGCACCGGCGGAGGGUUGGGCGCCCUAUUCCUUGUAUGCCGCCUAUCUACCCUUAUUAACAUGCUUGCCGCGUUAGAGCCACUUCGCGAAUUGGCAGAGCAGGAAAGAACCCGCCAGCAGCAAACCCCACCCGGGAGUGCAUGGUCUGGGGGCCAGCAGACCGAACGAUAUCUAAAGCGAUAUAUAGAAAUAUUCAGAGAGCAAAGCUUUGCUAUCGUUUCCAUGUUUAAGAGUAUAUUCCCCACGCCAACAAAUGAGUUGUCCUCGAGAACGGACGACUGUGACCCUCUCCGACAUGUUCCCUCCGCGUUAUCAACAUUCCCAUUCCAUCUUAUCGAGAUGUUGUUGGAGACUCUGCGAAUUUACCUACCGACUGUUAAGGACCAGCCAUCUCGUGACAGUCUCCUCACACAAGUUCUAUAUUGCGCCGGGAGUCUUGGACGUCUUGGGGGUGACUUUGGUAUCUUAUUGGCUACCAUUGACGUUGGAGAGCAAGCUGAGGAGGAGUGGGUCGAGGUGGUAAAGCGACAUCGACUCAUGGCCGGACGGCUAGAGUCAAUUGUCGGGGGUAAAGAUAAGAAUUCUCCGGAUCUCAUCAGCGCAUAAACAUUCACUCACGAAGUCGACGGGACGUCUUUGCCUUUGAGUAAUAAUCAACUAAAUAUAUAUACCUGGAGUUAAAGUACUUGUACUUAGGAAUCAACUAACUACAUACAUG